AUGUCGAAGCUCUUCCACCGUCGCAAGGGGAAAACCGACGAUGUGGAAGCCAAUGCUGGCCGACGAGCUUCUCGCGCCUCCAAAGGCCGAGCUGGCAGCAUUGUCCCUGAUCCUGACCUUGGCGAGUAUCCCGCCCUCGAUCACUACAUCAGCAACUAUCGCGAAGACCGUCGCCGAAGUGUAGCUGAUGGCUCUGAAAGCGGGAAAGCCAAGAAGAAGCAUUGGUGGAGCUUCGGCGGCGGUGGUGGUGACGACCAAGAACAAUCCACUAGUAAAACUGGUAUUUCUGAGGCUUGGCUGGAGACCGACAUAGCCGUUGGAUUAUCCUCUGAAGAAGUCGAGAGGCGCAGAAGGGUCACCGGAUGGAACGAAUUGACAUCUGAAAAGGAAAACAUGUUUGCCAAGUUCCUCGGCUUCUUCACUGGUCCUAUCCUCUAUGUUAUGGAAGUCGCUGCUUUGCUCGCUGUAGGCUUGGGUGAUUGGGUUGACUUUGGUGUCAUUGUUGGAAUUUUGAUGCUGAACGCCUUUGUAGGCUUCAUUCAAGAGAAACAAGCUGCCGAUAUUGUCGCAAGUCUGAAAGGAGAUAUCGCAAUGCGUUGUCAUGUCGUGAGAGAUGCUGUUGAGCAUGAGAUUCCCGCCAGAGAACUGGUCCCUGGCGAUAUUCUCAUUAUCGAAGAAGGUGGCACAGUUGCUGCAGACGCUCGACUUAUCUGCGACUAUACCCGCCCCGAAGACUUUGAGAUCUACAAGCGACUCAGAGCCGAAGACAAACUAGAUCGGAGCGACGAAGAAGAUGAAAUGGCCGAUGACGACGGAGCCAAUGGAGACGCAAAACAUACCGAAGAAACUCAAGGCCAUACUCAUGGAAAUGAGCCCCUGGAUCAUCGAAGCCGCCCUCUCGCUGCUGUUGACCAGUCUUCAAUCACAGGAGAGUCAUUGGCUGUUGAGAAAUAUCUUGGUGAUAUGGUCUACUAUACAACUGGCUGCAAGAGAGGAAAGGCUUUCGGUCUAGUUCAAACAACUGCCAAACAGUCCUUUGUCGGUCGCACAGCAGAUCUAGUACAAGGUGCAAAGGACCAAGGACACUUCAAAGCAAUAAUGAACCAGAUAGGUACUAGCCUGCUGGUGUUGGUCAUGUUCUGGAUAUUGAUUGCCUGGAUCGGCGGUUUUUUCCACCACAUUGGCGUCACGGCUCCUGGCUCGCAGAACCUGCUGCAUUACGCUCUUGUUCUCCUCAUUGUUGGCGUCCCUGUCGGUUUGCCAGUUGUUACUACAACGACCCUGGCUGUCGGUGCAGCCUACUUGGCCAAGCAGAAGGCGAUUGUACAAAAGCUCACAGCUAUCGAAUCACUCGCUGGAGUCGACAUUUUGUGCUCAGACAAGACCGGUACAUUGACUGCUAAUAAGCUCUCCAUCAGAGACCCCUUUGUCGCCGAAGGAGAAGACGUCAAUUGGAUGAUGGCAUGCGCAGCCCUUGCCUCGAGUCACAACCUGAGGACACUGGACCCCAUCGACAAAGUCACUAUCCUUACGCUCAAGCGCUACCCUGAAGCCCGAGAAAUCCUCAAGCAGGGCUGGGUAACAGAGUCCUUCACACCAUUUGACCCUGUGUCCAAACGAAUCACCGCCGUAUGCCGACUUGGGCAAGAUAAAUUUAUCUGUGCCAAGGGUGCGCCCAAGGCUAUCCUGAAGCUUCUAGGACCUGGAUCAGAGCAUCUCAGCGAACUCUACAGAGAGAAGGCUCAGGACUUUGCUCGUCGCGGUUUCCGCUCUCUCGGUGUUGCGUACAAGAAGAAUGAUGGUGAUUGGGUUCUUUUGGGACUACUAUCCAUGUUCGACCCUCCUAGAGAAGAUACAGCACAAACGAUUAUCGAGGCAGGACAUCUCGGCGUUCCUGUCAAGAUGUUAACAGGAGAUGCCAUCGCCAUCGCCAAGGAGACCUGCAAGAUGUUGUCCUUAGGCACCAAGGUGUACAACUCGGAUCGUCUGAUUCACGGCGGCUUGUCUGGAAGUGUGCAACAUGACUUUGUCGAACGCGCAGAUGGCUUUGCUGAAGUCUUUCCCGAGCAUAAAUACACUGUGGUUGAGAUGCUUCAACAGAGAGGCCAUCUCACCGCCAUGACUGGUGAUGGUGUUAACGACGCUCCCUCUCUGAAGAAGGCUGAUUGUGGUAUCGCUGUCGAAGGUGCUUCAGAGGCUGCGCAGGCGGCUGCAGAUAUCGUCUUCUUGGCACCAGGCUUGAGCACAAUCGUACUGGCCAUCAAGACAGCCCGUCAGAUCUUUGCAAGAAUGAAGUCGUACAUCCAAUAUCGUAUCGCGCUUUGCCUGCACCUCGAAAUCUACCUCACGCUUUCCAUGAUCAUUCUCAACGAGACCAUCCGCGUCGACCUGAUUGUCUUCCUCGCCCUGUUCGCCGAUUUGGCUACUGUAGCUGUGGCUUACGACAAUGCGCAUUGGGAACCUAGACCUGUAGAAUGGCAGCUCCCCAAGAUUUGGAUCAUGAGUGUUAUUCUAGGUGUCCUUCUAGCCCUCGGCACAUGGAUCAUUCGAGGAACAAUGUUCCUUCCCAACGGCGGAAUCGUCCAGAACUUUGGAAGCGUGCAAGAAAUCCUCUUCCUCGAAGUCGCUCUCACGGAGAACUGGCUCAUCUUUGUCACCCGCGGCGGCAAGACAUGGCCAUCAUGGCAACUCGUCGGGGCCAUUCUCGGUGUCGAUAUCCUAGCUACUCUCUUCGCCCUCUUCGGCUGGUUGUCCGGCAGAGGAGAAGUAUCUUCCAUUCCAGACAACUUCAAGCAGAGCAGCAACGGCUGGGUUGAUAUUGUCACUGUUGUCAUUAUCUGGCUCUACUCUUUCGGUGUCACUGUCGUCAUCGCAAUCAUCUACUUUAUCCUUAACAAGAUCUCUUGGUUGGAUAAUCUCGGUAGAAAGGAUCGACGCAACAAGGAUACCAAGUUGGAGAACAUCCUCGGACAUUUGCAGAAGCUUGCUAUUGAGCACGAGGUGGAUGAGAAGACUGGAAAGAGCAAGUUCACACUGGCUGAGAAGGCGAAUGACGACGACGAAGAUAUCUAA